CAGCUAUUUAAUACAUAAAUUGUCACUACGAGCCGAAAAUAUUGGAUUGAGUGCCGCUGCUGUAUUAUAAAACAUUUAUUUGUUGAUAUUUGUGAAGUCAUUUAAGCAGCUUCGAUUGAUUAGACCAAUAAAACGCUUUGGAUAUUGAUCGAGAUGUGCGCGGUUACUGUACGAUGUGAUUUGUUUGCAGAAUGAUUAGUUAACGGUACAGUCAGUCGUGCUCUCCGCACACAACAAGCGGUUAACAUUCGGUCAGUUUCAAGGCUCUUAUUUGUUCGGUGCUCUAUUGCAAGUUAAUUACUACAUCUAGAGAUUGGUUUACCCACGGGAUGAGAGCGUGAUGAGAGAUUUAUGUUACUGAGACGCCCUCUCCGCUCUCAGGCUACAGAUACAGUAAAUUUAGUAAAGAAUGAGUAAAGAGCUAACGUUAGCCGUCACUCAGAGCUGUUGUGUUGGUGCUGUGGAUGAGGCUCAAAGAUGUGUCAGGUUAGUGGUAGUUUUCGUGUAAAGAAAAGGCAGUGCAGGUAAUGUCGGCUCAGAUGUGGCGGAUCAGCCCGGAUUCCUGACAUCAGUAACUGAGCAGGAGUGACAGAAGGAGGCUCCCCUCUCAUGGAUGUCUGCAGUAAGAACUCCAAUCGCACAGCCCCAGUGAGCGAGGGGGUACCCAGGAGAGCUGAUGUGCCCCUGUGCUCUCGGACCAAUGGUUGGAGCUGGCCCCCGCACCCUUUCCAGCUCCUGGCCUGGAUGCUUUAUCUCUACUUUGCUGUCACUGGCUUUGGUGUAUUUGUGCCUCUGAUCCCCACACACUGGAUCCCAGCCGGAUAUAUUUUUACAGGCAUUACAUUUGUCUGUCACCUCUUCAUGCACCUGAUGGCCGUCUCCAUCGACCCUGCAGAUUAUAAUGUCAGAGCUAAGAGUUAUAAGGGACCCAUGCCGGUGUUUGACCGCACCAAACAUGCACACGUCAUUGAGAACUGUCACUGCUACCUCUGUGAAGUAGAUGUGGGGCCUAAAUCAAAACACUGUAGUCCAUGUAAUAAGUGCGUGGCAAGCUUUGACCACCACUGUCGAUGGUUGAACAAUUGUGUGGGCAGCAGAAAUUACUGGCUUUUUCUCAAUAGUGUGGUUUCUGCUGUCCUGGGGAUGUGGAACAAACUUAGCACAUAUGAGUAUAUUGUGCUACAGCGGCAUCGGCAAGAGGCCAAAGAUUCCAGAAAGCCCCUUCCAGAGCAUGAAUCUGGGGUUCCCACGAUUAAUCUAAUCAAGCAGCAGGUCAGUUAUGGCGGGACUCUCGGCUACACCAACCCUGAGAUGGAGGUAGAGGAUCCAACCGCCAUGAGCUCCCAAGAAGGAUCUGCGCGUUAUGGCAACGGCCGGGUCAGAGGCUCGUCUGAGCACUUGGGUGAAGAAGAGCUCCUCCCUGCUGUCCUAACAGAGAACAAAGCAUCUCCUCACCCUCACAAACACACACAGAAAAAAAAGAGGAAAGUGCGCAAACUUGCAGCCGAGGUAAACAGUGACAGGUCCAUUGACACCGGCACCACCAAAGGCAUGCCAAAGACUUCUGCUGAGCAGGAGUCCUCUGUAGCUGCCUCCACUGUGUCCUCCUCUAUUGGUCAACGCUUACCCUUCCCAGCAUUCCCCCUGCGGUCCUCCCUCCCCCCUCUUGCACCCGUACAAGCCGCUGGUCCCCCUGCUGAGUAUCAUUCUGACUCUGCAGAAUCUCUGGAGGAGAUCCCUGUAGCAAUGGCACGGCUUGGCAGCGCAGCCCUGGCUGGCACUACUAAUGCUGCUAUGUCUGCCAGCAGCUAUUCCUCUUCUCUCCAGUGUGCUUUGCCUUCCUCAGCAGCUGGACAAGCUUUACCCUCCCCUCAGCCCAGGACCAAGAGGAAAGCAGCCGUUCGUAAAGCUGCAGAGCAGAGGUUUGAGAUGGUAUCCCAUAAUCCGUCUAUGUUCGUGAGUCGAGAAUGCGGAGAGCCUGCCAUGCCCCUAGAGGGCAUUAUCACAGAGGAAAGUCCCCGUGUGGCCAAACGCAAACAGACAGGCACAAAGAGAAAUAUGGAGGACACUAAACCCAGCACCAGUGUAAGAACCCUGCUUGCAUAAUGACUGCUACAGAGACGCAUCACCACUAGUCAGGACUCAUGGGGCACGUGGUCGGCCUUGUUUCUCAGUUAAAAAGCUUGAGCUGCUUUAGUAAGAUGAGAUAAAAACUGAUGUAGCACUCAGAACCUGAUGCAACCUAUGCAAAACACCACUGAAUGUCAGCAAUGAGAAUUUGUUGUCUGACCUUUUGCUGGACAAAACAUCUAAUGCUGGUUGUCGUUGGUCAAAGUUGCAUUUAGAUAUGUUUGACAGCGGGUCAACAGAUUCACUUAUAUAUAUUUAUUCAUGAAAUUGUUGAUUGUGGAUUGAAGCCUUGGACUUGAGCCCUCAACUCAUUAUGAAUUUUUUGAGGAAUCCACGACACUAUAUAAAUUAUAAACUAACUUAUUUAGCCUUUCAUUAAUUCCAGUACCUUUCACUAUGACUUUGCUGAAGCAUUGCACAAAUAUGUUUUUUUUUUUAAUACUUAAUGCAGUGCUGCCCUUCUUAUCUAUUUAUUUAUAUACAUUAAAUGCCAAAGUUUUCGUUUUCUGUGAUGAAUCACACGUCCACUGAUUUUCAUUUUC